GCGCUCCACUAUCUUUAGCUCCGACACGGAUUACUCAGCGCAGUGAGCAGACGCGCAUUCCGCUCAGCUUUAAGCUUUGUGCACAUUUCCCCGGAGCUCCCUCAUUCUACAACAAAGUAAAAACGAAGAAUAAAACACUAACGUGAUGGCGGAAUGACAGCAACAACCGCCCUCGUCUUCGGCUCUCCCUCAACAAGAAGACCCCAGGAUGCUGCCGCUCUCCAGCCCGCCGUGCGGACACCAGCGGCGGGCCUCGGUGCUGCUGCUGCUCGCUGCGGCGCUGCUAUGUGUCGGUGUCAGCGCUAGCCUCCCAGCUCACAACUGGUGCCCCCCUCCCUUAACCUGCGUCCAGCAACGGCGCCACCACUGCCAGCCGGGCUCGUCUCACUGCGGUCCGUGCCUCUCUCCCUUCCAGGAGAACCAGGAAGGACGCUGCGUCCAGAGACGACGCCAUCAAAACGGCAAAGUCACAACCUUCACUGACCUGGAUGAGGAAAUAGAUUUUCUUCACUCCGUCAUAGAAAAACAGCAAGUUUCACAGAUCAAAACAACAAAAAAUCAUCCAAAACAACCUGCUUCCAUUUCCUUCCAAUCUGAUAAUGAAAACAAGAUUUCCAAACAGAUAUCCCAGAACAGACUCUUAACCACUGCAGCUCCGGGCUCCGUCCAUCCCAACACAUCGACCCCCCAGGCCAGGAUCACCGGAGCUGAUGGCCGAGCUGGUCCUGUAGCUGUUCCAAACCCCAGAAAUGACAGGAUUAUUCUCAUUAUGAUCUCGCUGUGCGCCGUGGUGGGAACUGUUGCUCUGAUCUUGGCUGCUGUUUGUUACGUCAAGUCGCAACAAGAUUCACGUCUUGCUGAGAAGGUGGAUUACCCCGCUUUCAAAGGGCCAAGUGCCCCUGCUGCCGCAGCUAAUGGUACAUCGAUGGGCGAUAAAACUUUGGCUCAAAGUGCUCAAAUGUAUCACUAUCAGCAUCAAAAGCAACAGAUGCUCUCAAUGGAAAACAACAAACCCGAACAGAAAGUCGUUGACAGCGAGGUCACAUCAGACGAGGAGGAAGUGGGAGGAGGCUUCACAGUGUACGAGUGCCCCGGACUUGCCCCGACCGGUGAGAUGGAGGUCAAAAACCCUCUGUUUGAUGACUCGACUCUGGAUUAUCAGGGGAAUCACAAGUGAAUGCAGAACGGAGAUCCAAACACACGUUAACGCAUAUAUUCCUCGGAAAGAAGGGUUCUAAUUUCACUCUGCCUGCAUGGAAAUUGAGAAUGACGUUAUUAAACGAUUGUUUCCUUGUCCGCCUUUUAACUUAUUUUUCCCCACUACGGAUUUUUAAUGCAACAAGCGUGUCGAGUUUCCUAUUAAUUUAUUUCUGUCACUGUUUUAGAGCGACUCCUGUCUUUUAAUUCCUCUUUAUUUAAGUCCUGCUAGAUAUCUGAAGGUGUCUCUGUUUAAAUGUUUGAUUUUCCAUUUCUGUCUUUACUAUAGGUCUUAGUUUUUCACAGCUAUUUCCAAAGAUUAUCAUACAGUAAACUGACACAUUUACAUAUAAAUACACAAAAAUACAGUAAAUGCCCUCUCUUAUUUCCUCAUGUGGCUGAAUCGCUUUUUUAUUUUUAUUUUUAGGAAUUAUAUCAGAUCUUUAUAAUACCUCUGUAAAAUCGCAACACAAUGUUUAGAAAAUUGUUUAUGCUUGUAUUGCCAAUUUCUUUCCAUUCUAGAAUGCACAUAAAGAGUUUAAGAUAAUAAAAAGAUAUAAUAUAAAAUGAAGUAUUUACCAAUGUUGCAUGGUUUGACUGUACUGUGUUUGAAUCCAUCUGCCUCCUGUGUGUGUGCAUCCUGUUGACGUGGGAAACAUUCGAUGGGAAAGUGGAGCACUUGAAUGAAAAUUGACACAAGCUAGACCAAUGGAUGUUUAUGUGGUAAAUAUUAAACUAAUGUUUCGUCCACUUCUCCCUCCCUCGGUCUCAAACUAACCCCGCGCUGCAAAAUGUACAUACGAAGAGUGAUACUGUUCACUUUUUAUAAAUAUUUGUACAUGCAGACUUAAAAAAAAAUGGAAUUAAAACUUUUUAUCACAUAUGGAAA